AUGGCUACUCAACUCCUCGACCAGAUCCAAUGCUCGGUGUGUUUGUGUGAAUUCACGGAUCCCGUGUGUCUGCCGUGCGAACACAUUUUUUGCCGACGGUGUAUCACCGGCCACCUGCGCUCCGGACUGGGACAAAGCGCGGCGUGUCCCGAAUGCAGGCUUACGUUCACCGAAAGCAACAUCCAAACCAGCAGAGCGGUGAGAAACAUGGUGGACGCCGCCAAAGCCCAUUUAACGGAGCACCAGGCGCUGAAAAUGAAGGCGGACGCCUUGGCGACAGAGCUAGAGGGUCAACAUCUGGAAACACACAAGUUGGAUUCGAAGACCGCAGAGUGCUCAAAACACCAGGAGAAACUCAGCUACUACUGUGAGACAGAUCAGAGACUGAUUUGCGGCAGCUGUAAAAAGGACAACCAGCAUAAGAAACACAAAGUGAAGCCCAUUAAAGACGUUGAGAAAACGAAAAAGAAAGAUCUGUAUGGACUGCUGGACUUCCUUUCCACAGAAAACACACAGCUGAAUGAUUUAAUCCAUAAACAAACAGAGGAGAUUAAGAACAUCAAGGAGAGAUCUGGCCUUGCCUCUGCUCAGAUCUCUCUUCAGUUUGAGGAGCUGCACCAGUUCCUCAGGAGGAGGGAGAUGGAGGUGAAAAACCAGCUGGAAAAGGAGGAGAAAGGUACAGUGAGAGUGGCAGAGGAGAAACUGUCUGUCGUGGAGGCUCUGCUGAGAGAGGGGAGGGAAAAACAGGAGAUGAUCCAGUCGGCCCUGGACAAGGAUACGGAUCGAUUUGCACGGGAAAAGGACAGCUCCCAUCUGAAGAUCUCAGCCAACAGAGUGGGUCUGAAAAAGAGAUCCAAAAAGGACAGAUCUCUCUGCGUCAGUACCGAGGGCUCCUUCACGAGCGGACAGCAUUACUGGGAAGUGGAAGUGGGAGAGAAACUGGACUGGGAAGUGGGUGUUGGCGUGUGCAAGAGUCACAAUGUAACCAAAGAUACAACACUGGCUCUCAGCUACUCCUCAGGUUACAGAAUCAGCCAGCAUCAGGAUGAACAAGGCAGACCUGUGGAUGUCAGAGUCAAGCCCAGAAAGGUUGGAGUGUACCUGGACUGUGAGAGAAAUCAGGUGUCCUUUUACAACGCUGACAACAUGACUCUGAUUGGAGAAUCAACCUGUCAUUUUAAUUUACCUCAUUCUCUCUGUCUCUUCCCUGGAGCCUAUCUGGAGGGGAAGAACAGUGAUCCGCUGACACUGUGCUGGUACUGA